AUGACAACCGUGACUCCAGAGCAGCGAGAGCUGCAGCUAGUAGAAAGCGUCGAGUUUAGAAUUCUCACCGUUGCCAAUGAUGAGGAUAAGCUCACCGACCUCCUGGGGCGCUAUUUAGCCCCCAUCAUUCUCAAGGCACAGAGCCCCAACGCUGCCGUCAGAAACAAGGUCAUCACACUAUUGAGUCGGCUGAGAACAUUCAUCCAGCCUCCAAGUGUCAUCCUACCUGUCAAGGCACUGCUUGAACAGUACAAAUCAACUGACAGUGCCAUCAUCAAGCAGCUGGAUUUGCCACUCAUCCAGCACAGUCUUGGUCGUCUUGAUGAAGACGAUAGACGGGACUUGAUUCCCAUCGCACUCAAAGGUUGCUCCAAGGAUGAAGGCCAACCAAGAGCUGCCAGCUUUUUCAACAUCAUUCUUCAACUCCUGAUUGAUGUCCGCAUUCCGUCACGCGGAAGCAAAGAAGACGAGACUCUUCGAGCUUCCAUUGGUUUGGAAGAUCCUGCUGAUGCAAAAUAUCUCGCCAAGAUGCUCUCUCUUUUUCUACGCCUACGUCCCCCAACCCCCAGCCGGACGGUGGCUGAAUCAAACCCAACCUUCUCAGAAGAUGAAAGCAAAGUCUUCUCUGUUGAAGGUCCUGGAACUGAUAAAAUCUUCCAAAACAUCUCACAGGUAAAGGCUAAGGCUGUUUCAUUCUUAGCCAGUGCUGCCUUUACCGAUGAAGAAAAGUUCCUUCCUGCCCUAUACGCCUCGUCCAGCCCCGACACCAGAGUGGCAUCUCUAGCAGAAGAGAUUAUCAAACGGACUUCAGUCUCCCUAGAACAGGAAGACUUAGUGAAGAGGCUGUUUGAGGCCCACUCUCGGCUUCCUGCUGCCUAUCGCACACGGAUUCUGAAUCUGCUUGCCAAAUCGACCAUUGCAUCAACAAUGUCACAGAGCAUUAUGAAUGUGGUGAAUCUUGACUUUUUGCCAAGUUUCACACAAGAUUCUUCGACAGAUGCGCUUAAACCAUCAAGCACGCUAGAGAAGACAAAGCUACACAAGGCUCUUUUCCAGUUUCUAUCCUGGGUUGCUCAAGUUGGCCCAACAAAUAAAGACUUCUCGAUUGGACCAAAUCUUAUUAAGAGCAUGCAAAGCUACAUCGAGUCCCAAGGGUGGCCUGUUCCUGUGCAGCAAAUAACACACGAUGAAGUUCAGCUUCGCUCGCGAGGUUAUGAAACUAUUGGCAUGCUUGCGCGGUCCGCCGAUAUGCCUUUCAAAGAGCGGAUUGCUCUAGCUGCUUGGCUCUUCCAAUCCUUGUCAGAAGACCCAACAAACGAGGCCGUGGUCAACAUUGACGGAGCGCUUUCAAGUCUCACAGCAAAUAUCCCUGAGCAUAUUGCUGACGAAGAUCUCGAAUUGAGGAAUAUGCUCCUCAAAUACAUGUCUCUCUCUGAAAAGGCACCUGCUGUACGAAGCACUCGACAUGCAGUUGUCAAAUGGGCCAAUGAAUGUCUAUCAUUCACAAACAUUGAUGCUCGAUGGAUCAAUUUUAUGGCUGUCGCUGGUCGCCAUCAGGAGAGGAGUGAUGUGAUUGAGCAAGGGCAAAAAGGUCUGGAUCCAUGGACCUACGCCGCUCAUAGAGAUGUAGCUCCUGUCAUGCCUGACUGGCGACUGAUGGUUUUCAAAUACUUCAAGACUGACCCCGAUCUUGCACCUCCUGCCGACUAUGAGCCUGGCCCUGGAGUAACAGCGCUGCCUAAUGACAGUAUCUUUGACAAUUUCAGAGGGUCCAACAUCAAUGCUUUUGCUCUGAUCAUCCAGUAUUGCAAGCAUAUGAUAUUUCUCGCGGCACUGCCCGAGUUCGAGGUGCAGCCCGACUGGAUGCAGACGCUUAACGCACAAAUAAAGACCAACAUCAAAACUAGGGAGAAGAUUCAAGAAUACUUGCGAUACGUCGACCUUUCUUAUCUCAGCAUCUACCUCAAUGCAUGUCUUGUUGGCGCUUUUCUCGAGGAUGCUCCCAUCACAGAAGAGUGUCUUCGCUGCUUUGUCGACAUCGCGUCUCUUUCUCCCAGAGUCAUUGUCGGAGACUUCACCAAACACAGAGUUACCAAUCUGCUCCCUCUUAUUAAAUCUAAUAAGAGUGAGAUACGGGACUUGAGCGCGAGAGCCCUGGGUAUCUUGGCGGCUCAUCCAGCAAUGGACAUUGAUGACGUUCAAAACUGGGGUAUGACUCUCAAUGCUUUGUUUGAGAAGGCCACGACGGCGGUUGGUCCAGAUCUCAAUGCUGCAGAAGGAGCCCUCGCCGCCUAUGGACAUCUUUGCUCUCGAUCUGUCUUAUACAACCACGCAUCUGUGGCUGAGUGGAAGUAUCCGCUUCAAAUCCUCGUCGAGGAGAAUGUUGCAGGAUCUCUAUUUGAUGCAGCCGUCGAAGCUUUUACCCAUCUUUGGCUAGCAAAACUUUCCAUCCCUCCAAAAGACGGAGUCACUUCUCUUGACAAGAUCAUCAAAAGGCUGUCCAAGAAGGCCAAAAAGGGAAAUGAGAAGGCGAUUAUUGGUCUUGGGAUGCUGGCCGCCAGUAUACCAGACGCUGAACUUCCAGAUUCACCUGCUUCGUGGCCAGAAGGCCCAGUUGGUACCAUCUUGACGGAGCUGUUUGCUCUUCAUGAAACCAAGCGGGUGGAGGUCCAUUUCACCGUCGGUGAGGCCAUAACCAUUGCAAUCGCUCGCUGGGACUCGGACUAUGUGAAACUCAUGGUGGAUGUCGAGUAUCGGACCCGCGACUUCCAAAACAAACGCCGGGAAUCGCUGCUUACAAGCAUUCUGGACAAACUCUUCGAGGACUGCAAAGCAACCAAGCCAUCUCUUCUGAAGGCCUCCGGUAUUUGGCUUUUCUGUAUCUUACAAUACUGUUCAGAUCUCCACGAAGUAAAUUCUCGCCUCCGACAGGCACAAGCCGCAUUUAUGCGCCUUCUGCCCUCGAGGGAUGAGUUGGUUCAAGAGACUGCUUCGCGUGGCCUUAGUCUGGUCCACGAACGCGGAGAUGAGCAGCUCAGGGCAGCUCUGGUGAAAGAUCUUGUAGCUGCAUUUACAGGAUCGGCGCAACUCAAGGUGGAUGGAGAUACCGAGUUAUUUGAACCUGGAGCAUUGCCGACCGGCGAGGGUAGCUCGAUUUCUUCGUACAAGGACAUUGUCAGCCUCGCAAACGAAGUUGGUGACCAGGGACUUGUCUACAAGUUCAUGGCUCUAGCAGCCAAUGCAACUGAAUGGUCCACUAGAUCAGCCUUUGGCCGCUUUGGUCUCACUAACAUCCUCUCAGAUGCUGAAGUCGACCCUAAGAUAUAUCCAAAGCUCUACCGAUAUCGAUUUGAUCCGAAUACCAAUGUCCAACGAUCCAUGAACGAGAUCUGGAAAGCUUUGGUGAAGGAUCCAAAGACGGUGAUGGACGUUCACUUUGACGCCAUCAUGGAGGAGCUGCUGAAGAGCAUACUCGGCCGAGAAUGGAGAAUGAGAGAAGCCAGCUGCGCAGCCAUUUCUGAGCUAUUGACCGGCGUUCCGUUCGAACGGUAUGAGAAAUUCUACAGCGAUAUCUGGGCAAAGGCAGUAAAGGUCUUUGACGAUGUGAAGGGAAGUGUCCGAGAGGCAGCUUUCAGGCUCUGCAGAAGCCUAUCCAAUACUCUUGCCAGACAGCUCGAAGAGGGAACUCACGAAGCAUCAGCCAAUGCUAUGAUGCAAAAAGCAUUGCCCUUCUUGUUGUCAGACAAGGCUGCAGAGAGCUCAGUUCAAGAGGUGCAAGUCUUUGCCAUCAUCACCCUCAUCAAGAUUGCGCGACACGGUGGUAAACAUUUGAAGCCAUUUAUCCCAGAGGUGAUCCCGAAGCUUCUCGGUCUUCUAAGCACCAUCGAGCCUGACCGCAUCAAUUACUACUAUCAGCAAGUUGGGGAGGAUAGCCGAGAGAAGAUUGAUAAGAUACGAUCCCAAAUGGUUAACCAAUCCCCCAUCUCCGAAGCUAUCGACAACAUCCUGCGGUUCGUUGACGAAGACGUGAUGGUUGAGUUGGCCCCGCGCCUCGAGGCAACUAUCAAAACUGCGAUUGGAAUGCCAACCAAGAUUGGCUGCAGCAGGGUCCUGACGACCCUCUUUACUCGUCAUACAAACGAGAUCAAGUCUGUUUCUACUCAAUUUUUGGAACUACUUGGCAAGCAAGUUCUAGACAAGAACGAUGAAGUUAGCCAAGCUUAUGCUCGCGCAUCUGCAUACAUUAUGAGAGUCGUCUCCGACAGCGCCAAGCAACGCUUUUCGGAGCGCAUGCUGAAUCUUUACCUGCAGUCGGAAGAUGAAGUCCGUCGCCAGAAGGUUUCAGACGUCAUUGUUUCUCUCGCCAAGAUAUCUCCCGAUCACUUCACCACUCAAGAGACAAUCCUGUUGCCAUUUGCUUAUCUUGGAUCUCACGAUGUUGAUGACUACACCAGCAAAGUAUUCCGAGAGGUGUGGGAUCAACAUUCUGGCAGCAGUCGAACUGUCGUUCGCUAUGUACCAGAGAUUGUCAGCCUUGUUGAGCGUUGUUUGGCCACCACCCAAUGGGCGCUUCGACACACCGGUGCUUUCACAGUUGCCGCCAUGGUCACAGAUGUAGCCAGCGCGAGCGAUACCACGGGUGCGAUUUCUGAAGCCAACUUGAAAGCCAUAUGGCCCGUCUUUGAAAAGGCUCUCGCUCUCAAGACUUUCCCAGGGAAGGAGAAGCUGUUGGAAGCAUUCCCUGAGUUUAUCGAGAAGGGCCAGUCUCUGUGGAGAUACAACGCUGAUAUUGCAGCCCUGAUGAAGAAGAUUGUUCUCCGCGAAGCAAAGCGAAACAAUGAUGACUACCGUGUUCAUGCUUUCCGCUGCCUGUGGAGAUUUGCGAAAGCAGUAGAUAGUGUUGACCUUUUGCAAGACAUCGUGGACAUUGUGUCUCCUUACUUGGAAGAUCUCAAAGAUGACAACAAGAUGGAUGUGGACUCCAAGGAAGAAACUGUGAUCAACACUGCGAAGAAUGGACUCGAAGCUGUGGCACGCGGAUACAGUCGCUUGUCAGAUAGACGAGCAUAUGCCGUUGCCAGCCAAGUCAUCAAGGCCCUUGAGCCUUAUCUUUCCAGCCCCAAAUUCAAUGCGAUCAAACGAGAGGUUUGGUACGAAUCUGUCAUCGAUCUAAUGAAAGAUCUUGCGGCAUCCGAGCCCCCCGCAGACUCGACAUCACUGGAUAAGGACGGUGUUUUGCAGGGAUAUCUCGGCAGCCUCGAUGUGGACAAGGCUGAAGUCGGGGUUGAGUCCCAGAGAUUGAAGAGAGUGGAGGCAGUUUCCGCAACUCUCAAGGCUUACACCAGUGGCGUCUUUGGGAAGUCAGAUGUACAAAUGGACGAAUUCGAAGCUGCUGUGGUGAAAGCCAAGGAGGAAGAACGUGUUCCGGAAGUGCAGAGGGGUUGGCAGAGAGUGUUGACGGAAUUACAGGAGGCGCGUGGUUGA